CCGACGAGGAUGAAGAGCAAUGGACAGCCCCAUUAUCAGAUGAAGAAAAUAUUAUUAAGAAACAGGAAUUACCAACAAUUAUUGAAGAAGUUGAUGAAGAAGACGAGACUCCAGAAGAAUCACAAACAAUAACCGAUGAGGACGCAGAACAAUGGGAAGCUCCAUUACCAGACGAAGAAAACAUUGAAGAACCAAUGAUUGACGGAGUGGACACUGAGGAUGAUGACCAAGAGAAGGCUCCGCCGCAAUCUCAAACAAUUACCGAUAAGGAAAAGGAGCAAUGGGCACCUUCAUUGGCAGAAGAAGAUCCUCUAAGUAUUUCGCCUUCAACGGCAAAUUUAACAAAAAACAAUAAUCAUCCUGAAGCGAAUCAAAAAAUCCAAAGUGAAUAUCCAUACUCACUUCCAUCUCUUCCACGGCCUGAAAUGUUAAUUGGAGAACCUACUGAAAGGCCUUCAUUUUUGAAAAGCUUCUUUGGACACGGUGGAUGA